GCAGAACUCAUCAUCUUCACCGACGCAAUCGAGCUACGGAUUGACAGAAGCACAGGAGCAGGACUGCAGCAUUUGCUCCGGCAACUAAGGUACGGAGAUAAAAUAUGCAAGGCAUCACAAAGGCGCUACGCUUCCAUGGAAACCAACUACGGUACACAGUUUUACAACACAUGAACAAGGGAAUCUUCUGAUGGGCCAACCUGAUUUCGCGCAUACAAAGUGAAUCUCCAACUGUAAUUAUACCUCACAUGGGGCUAGAGAACAUUACAGUCAGUGAAAUACUUAAGGCAAAAGGGGACGCCGAAGCCGGAGCAGUCUACUGGUGCAGCACCAGUCAUUUGGUACGGGAAGCCGUCAAGCAUAUGACAGUCCAUAAUGUUGGAGCUCUAGUGGUGCUCAAGUCAGGGGAUGUGAAACAGCCUGCGGGAAUUGUAACCGAGAGAGGACAAGCUAAUUACAGUGUCCAGCAGUACCAGUAUUCUACGUGCAAUGGAGCUAAUGACAGACAAUCAUAUUCGACAUGUUCCGGUUUUUGACGAGAAGGUAGUUGGUAUGGUUUCCAUCGGUGAUGUUGUUAGAGUAAUCGUGGACCAGCAGAACCAAGAAGUGAAACAAUUAAAGAAGUAUAUCAGAGGAGAUUAUUCUUAGCAUAAUUUUCCUUUGAUGGAGAAGCAUAAAUUAUAUGCAACCAUGCAUGACAUUUAACUAAGAUUUAUACCAUCUUCUAUUGUGGUAAUCAUUUCAACUGCUUAUCAUUGAA